UGCCUGUCCAGCCUUCCCGCCGCUGCUCCGGGCUCAGCUGUGUGCACAUGCACUGGUGGCAGCCAGGUGCCCCCUGGGGCCGUGACCCUGCACGGGGGUCCUGAGCGCCGGCUGCGCUGCUGCCCCCAUGAGCACGCCUGGGUGUCCCCGCUUGCAGCGCUGAGCCACCGCCGAGGUCCGAGGUCGGAGCUGCGGGCCGGCCGCCAUGCACUGGGCCUGGGCCACCGUGACCCUCCUCCUCCUCCUCGGGGGCAUCGGGGCGCGGCGGGAGCCCAGGAGGCUGCGGCAGCCCGGGCAGCGCCCUGAGCGCCCUCCCGCCACCACGUCCAACAGCGAGGGGCUGCCAGGCUCCCCCAAGCCACCUGAGGCCCUGGGGCCUGAGUUCUCGGAUGCCCACAUGACAUGACUGAACUUUGUCCGGCGGCCAGAUGAUGGGGCCUCGAAGAAACGGUGCCGGGGCCGGGACAAGAAGUCGCGAGGCCUCUCUGGCCCCCCAGGGCCUCCUGGGCCCCCUGGGCCCCCAGGCCCCCCCGGUGCAGCAGUUAACCGGGAGGCCCUGUUGCGAGAGUUUCAGGAGAUGCUGAAAGAGGCCACUGAGCGCCGGUUCCUGGGGCUGCUGGGCCCCUUGCUGCCUGAAGGGACAGGCGGGCGGGUGGCUGAGGCCUUCCACUGUGGACUGAAGGGCCCCGUGGUGGUGGACGAGAAGACCCUGGUGGAGCUGCACGGCUUCCAGGCUCCCACUGCCCAGGGCGCCCUCCUGCGGGGCUCCGGCGUGAGCCUGGCCUCGGGCCGGUUCACAGCCCCAGUGACUGCCAUCUUCCAGUUCUCUGCCAGCCUGCACGUGGACCACAGGGAGCUGCAGGGCAGGGCACGGCCGCGGGCUCGGGACACAGUGCGGGCGCUCGUCUGCAUUGAGUCCCUGUGUCAUCGACACAUGUCCCUGGAGGCCAUCUCGGGCCUGGAGAGUCGUGGCAGGCUCUUCACCGUGCAAGUUCAGGGCCUGCUGCACUUGCAGGCCGGACAGUACGUCUCCGUCUUUGUGGACAAUGGCUCCGGGACUACCCUCACGAUCCAGAGUGGCUCCAGCUUCUCCGGCCUGCUCCUGGGCACCUGAGGGCCAGACAGGGGCCAGGAGCAGCUGCUGGGCCUGUACCCCCCGCCCCGCCCCCGUCCUCUGCAAAACCUGUGGUCACAGCAGUAAAGA